CUAACCAAUAAUUUUUCUUUUUUUCCAUAUACUCUUAUUACCGUAUGUAUGAUAACUUUAACAUUUGUUGCUUUGUAAUGUCCUACAAUUGUGAUAUCAGACGAUACAACCUUCGUAAAGACAAGAAAUUGUUUCACAAAUCCUCAACAGGUAUCCACAUAGAACAUAAACAUGUCCGACUCAUCGACACCAUCUUCCCCUGACAAUAUCGGAGAACAAAUCGGUUUUCCCGAUGUGACGUCACCAUCUUCAUCCAGAUCAGAAAGCCCAAGCACAGUCAAUCCGAAAAUUCAACGAGGAGAAAGUGCCACUGACGACGCGAUCCGGUACUUUGAAUCCACCUACUACGAUGAAUACGAUUAUUAUAAUCUCACCCCAGAUAACAAAUUGUUCAAGCAUGCUAGCGGAAAGGGAAGAACUAAGCGCGAAGCCAGUCAACACACGUCUCGUCCAAGUCAAUGGGGAAUGCUAGCAAAAUUUGAGAACGAAGCUAAUAACAGAAAACGACACACUUUUGUAAAGUCUGGACGGACAAGAUCAGUCAGCAAGUAAUCACAUCAGACUGCAGAGGGCGUAAGGAGUGAGUUUGUUGGGUCUUCGGAUGCCUGAUCCGUAUACCCUUAAGCCAUCUCUCGCGUCCUCUGCCGGAGUGAUUUUAUGACGACAAUUUGAAUAUUGAAAACAACAUUGAAACUAUCCAUCGCCUCUCUAUUUCUUCGAUACCGAACUUUUAUGCUUUUGCAUUUAUUAUUUGAUUUCUUACUUGACUACUGAAAAAUGUGGAAGAUUAUGCUUUUUUCCAUAAGAUGGCUUGGCAUUGUUACUUCACUGGGGAAUAGCCCACGUUCUGAUUAACAGAACUUGGGUUAAAAUAUAGGAUGUCCAUAAAAUCUUGAAUUUUUUGAAAUUGAAAAGGGAAUUUAUCGACACCAUAUAUUGGUUUGGACCUCACAGAUGUAUUAAAUGAAGUAAAAAUACUUGAACAAUUACUGAUUAAAAAAAACAAACUUGGUUAGGAUAUGUUGAGGACUCGCUUCAUAACCAAAUUUAAAUGGUAAAUGGACCUCAUGGAAUCCUGCUGUAGAUUUCCAGCUGUGAUUCGGUCGCACCUUUUUUCUUAUUCGAAUGACAGGGAAAAUUUAAAAAACAACUAACGACUAUAAAUCAGCUACAGCCAAUAUUGCAAUGAUAUCGUUCAUCAAUUUAAUAUGAAAAGCGCCGUCUUCUCGUGUAUAUUCUUAUACACAAAGCCGCUGAGAUUCAUUUGACGGAUAUUUUAAUGGUUUUGGCAAAAUUAACAAUAUCUUUCGACUCUGAGUUUGUUUCAGUUAUUGGUUCUCGCCAUUUAUUACGCUUUAUUUUUCUAUUUGCUCGCUAAUGCUUCGUAGUGUAGAGGAGCCCAAUAGAGAAAUUUGGUAAGUCUAUAUCUCUUAACAACUCCCGGCUCAUGUAGUUUCGAACAUAUAUUCUCAGAAUUUUUAGCAUCAAUGAUUUCCAUACAUGUAUGUGUUGUUGUCGCUUACUCUAAAGUCACAGAAUUUAUUUAAAAAAGUCAAAAUUUGGCCGAGAGCUUUUUUCUUUGCAAAUAAGUAUGGCAGCGAGUUUGACUAGUUGCGACAUUUAUGCCGUUAACCUCUGUUUUUCUCUGUAAUCAUAAGAAUUUGAUGGAAGAAAAGCCGAAAUUAAAAGAAGCACUCGUUUUGGGUUCACUUCAUUCGGAAAGUCAAAGUUAGUAUAGUUCAUCGUAGUUGCGCUUUCUGUUUCUUUACUACUGAUUUAGUUCUCCUUAUCGAUUUAUGACUUAUCUUUAAUUAACAGUUCUGUUGGUGCAAUAAAAUCUUUACACCGCA